GAGAGAGAGAGAGAGAGAGAAAGAGUCAUGGUUUUUGCUUUGAUUGUUCUUCUUAUACGCCUGUUCAUCGCCAUCAUUAGCGACCCAUUUUCUUGAAGUCUUGAUUUUUUUCAUUUCAAAAGCCAUUAAAGUAUUUUCUUUUCUUAUCUCUGUGCAAAGAUUGGAAGGUGUUGAGGUGAAAAAAAAUGGGAUUUAAAGAGUCUCUUUUCGUGGGUCGGAUCUCUUUGUUGUACUUAAAACAAAGAACUGUCACAUCUCAACUCCUGAUUCUCGUCUGAUCAUCUCCACUGAAACAAAAGCAAGCAACUUUUUUGAUCUGUUUUCUCUGCUUCUUGAUCUGGAUUUUGAUUCUCGUUUCUCUGCUUCUUCACCAUUUAAGGUGUCUUCUUGGUCACAGCAAUAAGAUCAUUAAAAAUGCAGUAUUUUUGAAGAUUUGGGGUAAGAAAUGAGCUACUGAUCCUGUUUGCUUUACUGGGUAUUUUUUAUUUUUCAGUGAUCGACUUCCAUUGAUUUUUGAUGGAACAAAAUCAAGAGAAGAAAUUUGUUUGCAAGUUUUGCCACAAGAGGUUUCCGUGUGGGAAGUCCUUAGGUGGUCACAUAAGGACUCAUAUGAAUAAUGAGAAUUCUGCUGUAGCAGAGGAAGGAGCAGCUGAACUCACCAUAAACAAGCUUCUCUGCAGCAGUAACGCAAGGAACAUCGAGAGAGCUGCUGAGCCUGAAGCUGGUGGCCAAUCUGGUUAUGUCCUUAGGGAGAACCCCAAGAAAACCAAGAGGUUUACUGAUUCAGGCAACUCUUCUGUAGUCAAAGAGAUGGUUUGUAAAGAAUGUGGUAAGGGUUUCCAAUCACUGAAAGCUCUUUGUGGUCACAUGGCUUGUCACUCAGAGAAAGAUAGGGUCUUUCAGAAGUUUGAGGAUCAUUCAGGUAAUAGUGAGAAACAGAAGUUGAUAAUGGAUAGUCAGUCAGAUACUGAAACAUCAGCUCCAAGUAGGAGGAGGAGAUCCAAAAGAAUAAGGUACAAGACAAUUGGCGUUUACUCUAAUAAUUCAGUUUCUUUGGCAAAUGGUUCUUCAUCUGCAUCAGAGAUAGAGCAAGAACAAGAAGAGGUGGCGAUGUGUUUGAUGAUGCUGUCAAGGGACGCUGGUUGUAAGAAAGGAUUGAAUUCAGUUGCCGACUCUUCAGAUAACAAUUCUGUCGUUUUGGAGGCUAAAUCAUCCUCUAUUGAUCUGAAGAUUACUAUUAAGAAUGACACGAAAUGUGUUUCUAAUGGUGGUGACUUUUUGAAGAUGAAAAUGCCAAGAGACUGCAAGUUGAAAUCUGCUAAGUCUGGUCCUUCUUCUGAGAAUUCUGAUUCUGGGUAUUUUACGAACGGUCCCAAGAAGGUGGAAUCAGAUGUUUCUGUCGAUGGGUUUCUCAGGAAUGUUGGAUUGAAGAAACUUAAGGUGGAGUCCGGAUCUGGAUUUGAAGACUUUGAUGCAAAAAUUGGGAAGAGUUCGAGUAAUUUCAAAUGUAUGAAAGCAGAAUUUCCAAAGGAUUUGGUCAGUGAAGUGGGGGACAAUCAAGCAGAUAGAGCUUUGACUAAGUAUGAUUUAAGAAAAAGUGCCAAGAAAGAUUAUUACAGUCCUGAAUUUUUGUGCAACAAUUCUCCAAAGGGAAACAAAUAUGAGUGUUUGACCUGUAACAAGACCUUCGAUUCCCACAGGGCUCUUGGAGGACACAGAGCAAGCCACACCAAGGUCAAUGACUGCAGUGAGUCGAUACAUGAGAGCGGUGAAGAUAGCUUAGCAAAUGAUUCUUUUCCAGUUCCAAUGACUGAUAGCAAAGUUACCAAGUCCUCCCAUCAUAACAAAAGCCUAAGUACUCCUCGUGGUUCCUCGGGCAAUGCUGAGAAAAGAUUGGGAUCGAAGAAAAACAAAGGACAUGAGUGCCCAUUCUGCUUCAGGGUUUUCAAGUCAGGCCAAGCUUUAGGAGGUCACAAGAGGUCCCAUUUUGUUGGAGGUUCUGAGGACAGAACAGUUGUGAUCAAGCAAGACACAGCAGAGAUGCCAGGUCUAAUUGAUCUCAACCUUCCUGCUCCUGUUGAGGAAGAUGCAAUGGGGAAUGCUGGGUUCAUGCCAUGGUAGAUUGGAAGCACCACAAGCAUGAUUCUUGCUAAAUGAGGGAAAAUUUUUGGGCAUUGGUUCAUCAUGAUGCAAGAGAUUUUUUAAGAGUGUAUAGACAAGUAAAUUUAUUUUCUAUUUUCUGUUUUCCCUUGGCCUCAGAUUCAAGUUGAUCUUUGCUAAGGUAAAUGUUUCCCCAUCUGCUGCUUUUGAACUGUGAAGGGUAGGUUCUCUUGCAUUUAAAAGUUGUUUCUUUUUUAUUCAUCUAUAUGUUCUUGGAUUAUAUCUUCAUUCUUACAACAAUUUUCAAUUCUUUGUC